CUAUCCUACAACUUUAGUUCUACAUAUACAUUGGUGUGCAGUGUGCACUGGUUUACAAUAUAAGACCGUGAUAUUGUAGAAAUCAUAACGUUACAUUAACCUGCAGAUAUUUAGAGUCCUUCUUUAGUCGCUUCAAGUCAAUCUAUAGUGCUGCAGAUUACACAGGAUGGACUUAGCAACCAAACCAAACAUUCUCCACGCAUUUUUCAAACCAAACCUCCAGGAAGAGUAUAGGGGGAAGGGAGAUGACGGUUGCUUUUCAAUCUCCUCUUUUUCAUCCUUCUCUCUCAUAACCCUCAACACUAUUGUUAAUAUUAUCAACAAUAUCAACAGCAACAAUGAUGAAAAUGAUAACAACAAUAAUAAUAAUAACAACAAUAACAACAACCUCAACGAUAAUAUGAACCUGGGCCGAAGGAAAAGGGAAGAGAGUCCAGAGAUGGAAUAUAAACUGGAAAAGAUGAAGUGUACUGCAGAAACUGAAACUAAGUUAUUAAGAAGAAUAAAAGUAAACACCAACCUCAAGUUUCUCUCCUUUAUACAGGAAUUAUUAUCAGAGAAUCCGGACUGCUUCGCACAAGGUCUCAUCAAGUUCACUUGCACACUUGGGUACUAUAGAGAAAAUGUUGGAAUUGAUGGAGGUGUUUCCUCACCAAAACUCCACAAAUCAAAUAUUUAGGAAUGGAAGCGCUUUUCUUAUCCCAUUUUGAGGUUUAAAAUUUAAUAUCUAGCAUUGCAAAUCUU